AUGGUAUCGCAAGGCAAUACCUGGAUUGGCUUAGGUUCUGCCUCAACUGAAAUUCUCCAUAAGAUGGUGAGACCUCCUUGCUGUGACAAGUUGAAUGUGAAUAGGGGUCUUUGGACGGUAGAGGAAGAUGCAAAGUUACUUGCUCAUGUGGCCAAGCAUGGUACAGGGAAUUGGACUGCUGUUCCAAAGAAAGCAGGACUUCAAAGAUGUGGGAAGAGUUGCAGACUUAGAUGGACUAAUUACCUGAGGCCUGAUCUCAAGCAUGACAGCUUCACACCCGAAGAAGAGGAGAUGAUUAUCAGGCUUCAUGCAGCCAUAGCCCAACAACUUCCUGGAAGAACAGAUAAUGAUGUGAAAAACUACUGGAACACUAGGUUAAGAAAGAAGCUCUCUGAAAUGGGGAUAGAUCCUGUUACCCACAAGCCGUUCUCUAAAAUUUUAGCUGACUAUGAAAACAUUGGUGGUCUCGUAAAAUCUGGAAGCAGAAUUGGGUCACUCAGUCGAGAUCUAAAGAAUGCUAUCCAUUUGAAACCAGAGCGAUAUCCAUUCCCACCUGAAGGAAUCUCAAACAUCAACAGCCAUUUGCUGACAACAAUUGUACCGCCUGAGAUACCAAUUCAAGAAUGUUUCUUGAACAACAAGUUUAACAAUCACUCACUUGAUCUUCUUGAUCAGCUUCAAGCCAUAAAUUUGGUGGCGGAGGCCUCAAGUACUUGCACUAAAUAUCAGACUAUGGCAGGGCCUAAUUAUAUUCUUGAUGAAGGUUCAUCUUCAUCAUCUACUUGCUCCACCGCAGCUCAAGAAAAUUUGCCAACAAGCUUUAGCUGGUGCGACUUUCUUCUAGAAGACGAAUUUCUCCCCAGUGAUCCACAAGCAGCACAAGAAAAUGCGGCAGAAGUUUCAAUAUCCAAGGACUUGACGAACCAGACACAGAAUGUUAUUGUGACAAGUCAAAGCCAGAAUCUGAAUGUGAUGAUACCACAAUGUGAUCAAAUCAAUGGCGAACUUAAUGUUGGAGUCAACGGAACGGAUUUGGCAGUCCAAAGCAAUGUUGGUUUUGGCGAUCAAGCUGCAUCGUCGUCGUCACAACACAGUUCAUUUGUUGAAACUAUCAUAGAUGGAGAAAACAAGUUAUUCUUGAAUUUUCCUAGCUUGAUAGACGAAAUAUUCUACUACUGA